GGCCGAGGCGCUCGUUGACACAAAACCUGGAUUCUGUUCUGGGUUGCCCGGCGGACGCUAUGGCUGAGAAGCAGCACCGCCGCCGCCCGUCGCCGGACCCCGUCGCGGUGCUCCGGGGCCACCGCGCCGCCGUCAACGACACCUGCUUCCACCCCACGCUACCGCUCCUCUUCUCCGGCGCGGCUGACGGGGAGCUCAGGGUCUGGGAUACGGCGAGUCACCGCACCGUCUCCUCGGUCUGGGCUCAUGGCGGGGCGGCUGGUGUGUAUUCGAUAGCUGCUAGCUCCGGACUUGGAAAUAUGAUAGUUAGUCAAGGCAGGGAUGGGCUGUGCAAAUGCUGGGUUAUUGAAGAAGCUGGGCUCUCACGGAGGCCCAUAUUUACAAUCAAAACAAGUACAUACCAUUUCUGUAAGAUGUCAUUGGUUAAAGGUCCCUCUUCGACAUAUGGCACACAGUUUGGCUCGAGCGGCACAAAUAGUGAUGCUGAGCCACAAAGAGUAGUUGUUAAAGUAAAUACAGAAUCACAUAGUGCAAAUCCUUCAGAGGGGUCCCAAGAAUAUGAACAAGGUAGUUCCUCUGAUGUGCAAAAUAUAAUUACAAUCGCCGGUGAAGAAUCUUCUCAGGUUGCACUUUGGGAUAUUAAAAGUUCAAGGAAGAUAUUGUGUUUGCCUCAAACAUCCAGUGCUAAUAUGACAGAUCACCCUACUAAGCAAAGAGGUCUAUGCAUGGCUGUGCAAGCUUUCAUCCCAUGUGAAUCUGCAGGCUAUGUGAAUAUUUUGUCAAGUUAUGAAGAUGGAAGCACUCGUUGGUGGGAUGUGCGGAAGCCUGGGUCACCUUUAUCUUCAGUGAAAUAUCAUUCAGAAUCAGCUUUGUCCAUUGCUGUUGAUGGAUCAUGCAAUGGUGGGAUCUCAGGAGGCGCUGAUAGUAAAGUAACCAUGUUCAGUCUCGAUCAUCAAAAGGGCAUGUUUACUGUCAGAAACGAAAUAGAACUUGAGCGGCCGGGUAUAGCGAGUAUAGCAAUCCGUGCAGACAACAAGAUUGCAGCAGCCGCUGGUUGGGAUCACAGGAUUCGAGUGUAUAACUACAAUAAAGGAAAUGCUCUAGCCGUGCUGAAGUAUCACAGUGCUACGUGUAAUGCGGUGACCUUCUCACCUGACUGCAAACUUAUGGCCUCCUGCUCGGCGGAUACCAUGGUUGCAUUGUGGGAGCUCUAUCCUCCCAAAACACCAAGCAAAGAGGACAUCACACGAACGGAUGAGGUCUCAUGUUAGUUUUACCCAGGUAUUGCAGCGAUGUAAUGUGUAGACAUAGUGAAUGUAUUAGCAUUAUAAGCUAUCGUGAGAAAGGAGCGAGUAAUUUUAUAAUUUUGAUGUCGCCGCAUACAUCGAUGUGAUUGGAAGAACUCAUCAUCUCAAGUAACAGAAUAUAAUCGACAUAACAUUGCAAACGCUUCUCCAAUUCUGGAACAAAA